AUGGAAAAACCAGUAGACCCUCUUAUUGUUGAGAGAGUGAUAGGAGAUGUUCUUGAUCUUUUUACACCAACUAUAAAAAUGUCUGUUGCUUAUACUGACAGGAAAGUCUGCAAUGGACAUGAGCUUUAUCCAUCAACUAUUGCUUCAAAACCUAAAGUUGCUGUGGAAGGAGAUGAUAUGAGAUCUUUCUUUACAUUGGUGAUGACAGACCCAGAUGUUCCUGGUCCUAGUGAUCCUUAUUUGAGAGAGCACCUGCACUGGAUAGUGAGUGACAUUCCAGGAACAACAGAUGCCACAUUUGGAAAGGAGAUAGUGAGCUAUGAAAUUCCAAGGCCAAACAUAGGAAUCCACAGGUUUGUGUUUGUGUUGUUCAAACAAAAAAAAAGAUCACAAAUACAGCACCCACCUUGGUCAAGGGAUAAUUUCAACACUCGAAAUUUUGCUGCUGAAAACGAGCUUGGUCUUCCUGUUGCUGCUGUUUACUUCAAUGCACAAAGGGAAACUGCUGCAAGAAGACGCUAA